AUGCUGACUAAAGACCAGUUCGUUAAGGGUCUAGAACCGCUCAGAUGUGGUAUCUGUUUGGACGACUACAGUACCGAGCAUGUCCCUGUUCAACUUCUAUGUGGCCACAUCUUUGGAGACCACUGCAUCGUCGAACAAGUCGAGGCCGAAAUGCCAAACAGCAACCGCUGUCCGCUGUGCCGUCAAGAGCUUUUCCACCAGGAAAAUACACCUGUAUACGUCAGCGACGAGUCGGUAUUUGACGAAGCCGACGACGAAGCCGAGGGAGAAGAGUGGGAGUUCGAUGAAGAGAGGUAUCAGGAGACACUUGCUGGGCUUCUUCAUGAUAGCGAGCCAGGUAUGGCCAAUCUCGCCUCCUCAGAUCUCAAAAUGCUUACGGACUCAGAAGGACGGACAUAUGGUCUAGCACCCAGUGUACUCCACGCCGAGACCAUUGCCACGACAAGGAGGGAGCGCCUCAAUCGCCAGCGGGAGUUCAGACUGGAGCAUGCCGAGCGCAGGCAAGAUGAGCGCAGGACAACCGUCCCGAAGCUACCUGGACGUACUCGCACCUACAACCAGAUUGAAGCAUCUGAUGUAGAGACGGACGCAGACUGGUCCGGAUCUGAGUAUGAGCCAGAAGAGGACAACGACCCAGCCGAUGAAUGUGAAGAGUGA